AUGCCUAAGGAGAUUGUUACGGACCGCGACCCUGCUUUGAUGAAUGCGGUUGCAAAGAAAAUAUGUGAAAAAUAUCCCGAUUUAUUGAAAUACGUUGAAAGCACCAUUCUUGACAAGGUGAAAGAGAAGUUUGUUUGUGCAUGGACUGAUAAGGUCAGACACCUUGGAAAUACAACCACCAAUAGAGUUGAGUCGGCACAUGCUACUUUGAAAAAUUGGUUGUGUGAUAGAAAGGGUGAUUUGUGUAAAGCAUGGGACACCAUAAAUCACAUGAUUUUGAACCAACACAACGAAAUACAAACGUCGUUUGGUCGGAGAAUUACGAUUUUGGAGCAUCGAUUUAAGAACAACAUCCUUUACUCUCAAUUGAUCGGCAAUGUGUCUCGGGCCGGAUUGAAUUAUAUCUUUCAUGAGGCGAAUCGAGGUGAAAUAAUUGGUGGCGAUACUGCAAAGUGUGGUUGCACUAUUACUAUCACGUAUGGUCUCUUGUGUGCUUGUGCUAUUGCUAAAAAAGUGAGAUUAGGUGAGCCAAUAACAAUGAAUGAAAUCACUCCUCAUUGGAAGAGACUUAGUUUUGAUGAUGAUGGUUGUGUCGAAGAAGAUUCGAAUAUCUCUAUUAUUUCCGAGUUGGAAGUGAUACAAGAGAGGUUUUCGAAGGUCGAUGACUACACGAAAUUAUACAUCAAAGAACAAUUGAGGAGGAUUGGAUUUUCCGAAACAACCGACAUGAAACCGCCGUCUCAACCCGUUAAUACAAAAGGUGCUCCGAAGAAAGUGAGGUCUACGCCAAAUGACAACUCGACAACACGGUCUCCUUCAUAUUGUGAGCACGUCGACAAACUCUUUCCUGACUCACCUACUCAAAAAUCGCAAAAAUCCCAAAAGAGUUCAAACAAGGGAGUUCGCCUAAGCAAACAGCCUCCGACACCUAUUCCACCGCAAGUUCCGCAAGUAUCGACUCUGAUUCUUACACCUAUUGUUCAAAAAGUUUCGAUUCCAACACCUAUUGCGCUAUCAAUUGAAGAGGUACAAAUUGCUCCAAAAAUUCCAUUCAUUAACGAGAUGCCGAUUUUUAUGCAUAAAUACAUCGACCGGAUCGUCAAUGUGGUGGGGGACGGUAAUUGCGGAUUUCGGGCCGUAUCGGCUUUGCUUGGUAAGAGAGAGGGUGCCCAUAAGCUUGUCCGUCAUGAUCGUAUCGACGAGUUGGUGAACCAUAAAGACUCGUACACGCGGGUAUUUGGAGACGAAACCAAAUUUCAAUCGCUCAACGAACCUCUUGUUCCUUAG